UCUUUUCGAGUCCACUCACGUGUUUAGUUUCUGUGUUGUAAUAGUUCGAGAUGGAUGUGGACGCGCUCAACUUGGUGAAGUUAGUAAAAGCGAGACCGGCUAUCUAUAUCACAAAAAAACAAGGAGAUAAAGCGAAAUUAUGGCAAGAAAUCGCGGCAGAAAUGAAUUGGUCAGUGUCCGAAUGCAAGAAGAAAUGGCUGUGUCUACGCAUCGCUUACUGUAGAUAUGUGCGUGGCGAAACUCGUACGUUAAAUCGGCUUGGAAGAGAGCGAAGGAAAUGGUAUUUGGCUGAUCCAUUGUCAUUUUUAAAGCAUCACGUUCGUGCGAGUCGUAGUGAUAGCAAUAGUUUGGACAUUGAAGAGUUUCAGAAGAAAAUAGGGAGUUGUCUAGAUGAAAGUCUAUACUCAAUUACAAGUUCUGAGGAGCAAGUGCUUAACACCACCACACCAUUUAAAGGCGUGAAAUACGAAUUGAGUCCGGAGACUAAGGAUCAUUUAAUUGAUGGUUUUAUGCAAGAGGCUGGCAGAGAAGUUACCUUCGCGCCACCAGAAGAUAGAGGAGAAGACUAUUUUCAAGAACGUAGCUUGGGAAGACCCCAGGAAGAAGCUGGCAGAGAAGUUACCUUCGCGCAACCAGAAGAUAGAGAAAAAGUUUAUUUUCCAGAGUGUAGCUUGGGCAAACCACAGGAAGAUGCAAACCUGUUAUAUUUUCAGAGUUUAUUUGCCGAUUACUGCAGAUUAUCAAGCAGACGACAAAGAGCUUUUAAAAUGCACAUGUUAAGUAAGCUGCAGGAGUUGCAGGAAGAGGAUGAAACUGAGCUGGUAAACAUGCGCAGACCGCCGCAAUCUGGGCCUCCUGCAAAUACAACUUUCGAAAGUUGGCAAAAUUAAAGUUUCUUCUCAAAAUUAAUAA